GUUUGUCUAUGAUUUUUUGUAAACAAUAUUGUUUGGUUGAACAUGUGCAUCGCGUGUUUAUAAUUCAAGUUAUUUAUUUUAGACAUGUUUCAUACAGUGUAAAAACAUAAAACUCAUUAUGUCCGGAUACUUGGAAAUAAAGUAUCCGUUCAAAUCUAACUUGGGCUUAAAUCCUUUCAAGUCGUGGAAAAGACAAUGGUGUAUUUUGAGACCGAGUCCGACGUGUUCGGGAGCUUCCUUGGCGGUAUACUGCAGCGAGGCAGGUGCUUCAGCAGGCUCGGUGGAGUUGCCUUUGGGUUGCGUAGUAAAGAGAGCCAAAUCUCGCACGCGGCCUCAUGCCUUUGCUGUAUUCUCUGUUGACGAGCCGCGAAAACCUCGCAUUUUGCUAGCGGCACAAUCUCUGCACGAUACACAAGUUUGGAUGGAAAAAAUCCGAGCUUUGUUAAAUGGGAGCAAAAUAUUGGACAACGAGCCAUUGCUAAAAGACUCAUACUCGGUGAGCGUGGUCGCCACUGAGUUGUCCCGUAAGUGCGGCCUGAGCGCCGACACGGUGGUGACCCUGACGUCGGCGGGGGUGGUAGUGGCGCGUGCGCAACUCGCUACCUUCCUAGAGUGGAAACAUAUCAGGGACGUGCGCCUCACCGAUGAUGAUAAGAACAGAACUUGUGUUCUCACUGUCGAUAGUGAGUUCAGUAACGGCGGCGGCGAGUUGAGGCUGCGGUCCCCGCUGGCCGGAGCCCUGGCGCGCGCGCUGCGGGCGGCGCUGCCCUCGGACGAGCCCCGCGAGCCCCGCGUCACUCGCUCCCCGCACAAACUCAGCAAGAGUGACGGAGACCUACGCUCACAUACCUACUCUGAUACACAUAUGGGCGACGUCCGCCGCAGCAGUUGGUACAGCGGCCCUUCAGAAGUAUCCCUGGAUGACAUAGACCUUGUAAUGUCUAAGGAGUCGAAGCACAUCCCAGUGGGUCAGUUGUCCCGCUACAGCGGGGAAGGUCAGCUAGCCUCCGCCACUGCUCUCGCGCAGCCCUUCAACCUACACUCCGUUGCCUCCUUCGAUGACAAUAUGUCGGACCGUCGCUCGCUGCUGUCGGUGGCGUCGGGCAUCUACGAGGAGAUCCCCGACCUGCCGGAGGGAACCAACACCAACGCGCUCUGCACCAUCACCUGCGACGUACCCGAUGGCGUCUUCAAGGCUCUAUGCGCUCCCCUGUCGGAGGAGCCGACGUACGAGUGUGUGGGGGACUGCGUGUACGCCACCAUGCGCAGGCGCAGGCCGCCGCCACUGCCGCCGCGACACCCCUUCAGUACCCUGAAGCCGGGCGUGGGCUGGGCGCGGCUGGGCGGGGGCGGGGGCGCGCGGGGCGCGGGCGGGGGCGCGGCGCGCGAGCACAGCGUGACGCGCCACUCGUCGCUGGGCUCGCUGCCGCGCGCCGCCACCACCGCCACCACCAACACGCUGCCCAAGCGACAACCCUUCAGUGUCUUCCGGAAACGCCUCAAAAGCGACUCCCGCAUCACUGGCUCGCAGAAAUCUGAAACGUCCAAAGAGAACAAAGACGUCGAAACUAAAAAGAAGAAGUUCGACUUCACGCCGACGCGCGACAUAUUCAAGAGCUUCAAGGUGAGCCGCAAGAUGAAGAACCUGAAGAUCACGUCCGGCAGCCUGGCCAAGGGGGAGACCAAGAGCUGCGAGUUCCUCGACGACACCGACCACGUGCAGCCCAACCGCUGCUCCAAGUCCGUCGAGUGCCUCGAGAACGACUUCGAGUACGAGGCCGACCUGUCCAUAGAGCUAUCCGAAGACAGUGUGGCCGCCCUCACCCUCCCGCAGCAGAUCGUGGACCUCCUGCUGGGCCACGAGCAGAUGAGCAAGGUCCGGCUAAAAGACCAGGUGGAGAACGACUACAUGCCCAUGUCGCCCAUCAUCCCGCCCGCGCCCAUGGAGCACCACUACAUAGUCAUGUCGCCGCGGACCAAUAUCGCCUGAACUAGUCCCCGCUAACUGUAAGUUACUCGUAAGCUGUAAGUAUGUACGUAUUGACACGUUGACACGUUGACAGUGCUCACAUGUAUAUGUUUAGUAACCCUGUAUGGAAAAUGGUUUGACCAAAGACCAUUCUCGAAGAGAUUGUUUUCGUAAUUGUCUGCUUGUUGCGGUUUCUGCACAAUUUAUUAAGUAAUUUAACUAGCUGGAGUAGACGACGUUGUGUUGGAUCGUAAAGUCCAGGUUAGACUGUCGUGUGGACGUAUGCAUCGGCCGAGCAAUGUCGGUAGCCUACUUAACUAUAUUUAUUGACAGAUUCCAGAAAUAUAUCGACAUUGUUCGUGCGUUGCCACUCUCUACAAUAUAAUGUAUCACGUUGUUGAUAUUACUCGGACGCUCACUGCUCACGUGGCUCACAUAUCGACGUUGCCCGCGACAGGCAAGGUAGCAAGUAAUUAUCUACUGUAGUGAUGGUCGAUAGAUUUAUCGAUAAAAAUUACAAAAUAUCGAAUUGAUUCGGAAGGCGUAUCGAAUCGUUGAAAAGACUUACAGGUCUCUUAUUGAGCCACCUGUGUUCGUAUAGACUGCUCUGUUGAUCUGAAUAGGGAAUUCUGAAAAGACAAAUUGUUACCCUGAAGUUUACAAUAUUUACAUCACAUGUGACAUAAUAUCGCGAGAAGUAAAGAGAUAAAUAUAUUUUUAAAUAACCCAUUUUAACUGAUGGUAUAAUGUUAAAGCUCUCUAAAUAAAAUCAUGAUACCUACUUUAUAACACGUUUUGAGAAAAAUAUUUUACAGUAUACAUACAUUACUAAUUAUUUUAUUGGAAAUAUUUAUAUGUUUGUGGCUAAUUGGUGUUUGAAAUAAAAACGAUGGUUUAUAUCCACUGAAAAGCGAUCGAACUUUUCGAAAAUAUUGCAAGACAACAAACCCAAUCUACAGCUUAUCCAGUCCAAUUUGUGUUCUAUUCUGUUGACAUAAGAAUGACAAUGCCAGUAAAAAUAUAUUUAUAAUACCUAUUAUUAGCUGCAGCUGCUAAUCGUCUUAUUAUUAACGCAAUACGAAUCAAAAUCGUUUGACAGAACUGUAAAUUGAGGUUGGUAAAACGUCUUGUGAAAUUUUCUAGUUGAGAACGCCUUAUUUGAACAGAAAAAGUUCUCUAAGCUUUUUUUCAAACGAUUUUUCAAAAAAGUUCUUGUAAAAAGUUACCUCGUAGAAUCUUCCGAAGCAACAUGGUCUAAUAUAAUACAUAUUAUGUAACUAUUUUUGUAUACCACCAUACCUUUGUUGAAAUACCGUGUUUACAUAUAAACAUAAAAUCUGACAUCAAGAUACAUUUUGUUAUAAGAAACUUUAUAAUAUGUACAGACGAGCAGAUUCAGCUAUUUCGAAAUAUUAAAGGUUUUUAAAAGAUUUUAUAAAACAAAGAAAAAUCUGUUGUUUGUAUUAUUAAAUGCAUAGUUGACAAUAAAAUAAUCUUGAAAACAAAACUCGGUUGCAAUUCAGGAAAAAUCCAUUUAGUAACCUAUGUACUCCAUUUUCGAUUUUAUAACAAUGCUAUAAAGUUGAAAAUCAAGUAAACUUUCUACAAAUUGGAAUAAACUGAAAUGCUGAUGUUUUGUACUGGUUAUAAAGGUUUUUAUAACAGAACUUACUUUAGGCAAUCUCAAUGACAUAUCUGUUGGUAAUUUUGCUUACUAGCAUAUUUAUUAUUAUAUCAAAAUCCUAAACAAAAUUGGUACUUGCCAUUAGUAGGUUUCGUACCCGCAUCCUCAUGUAGGGGAAGCGGGCGUGAACCUUCGGCCCACCGACGAAAUGUAAUCAAAUGAUUUUGGAUUUAAAUCGGUUUUUAAUUAUGGCCGUGCUACUGACAGAUUAGUUAUUGAGAUUAUUAGUUAUACCAUCACACAUCAACCUCUGUAGCUAUUUCACUUAUAAAUACAUAAUUUAUUCCCUUUUCUACACAAAUACAAUUAUUUAUUCUUUGCGAGUGCCAAACUAAACCAGCUUUGUCUCUCUCUAACAUUCGCUGUACGUACGUGUAAAACAGAGACAGCAACACUUUAGGUUCCUUUACCUCGCUCGGCUUAGUGAAAAAGACAAAAUUUAGGUAAAGAAGGUUGUCUGAUGUACUAUUUAUUAUAAUGCUGUCCUUUACUAAUAGUAAAAUAAAGAAAAGGAUAGACAACUACUAUUUUGAAUAAUUUCCACUAUAAAGCCCAGCACACAGCGAAGAUACUGGGAAUAAAUCAAUUUAAAGUAAACCUUAACUACUGAGGCAUACGGAUGAAAACGGCAUGCCAGAUAUUGAUUUUAGUAAA